UUUUUUGUUUUUUUUUUUUUUUUUUUUUUUUUUUUUAUCUUUCUUCUUCGUUUCUCUUUUUAACACUUUCUUUAUCCGGAACGUUGCGAAGUAUUACAAAAAUAUAUAUAUACACUCAAUAGUGAAUGAAUGAACGUUCUAGAGCCAUUUUGCAACACAACACCAAUGCUGAAAUCAAGUUUUCACCGUUAAUUCGCCGUUCUCUACCUUACUCAUCCUUUCCUACCUCUAGUAAAGCAUCUACAGUACCAUCGGUUGCAUUGGACACUACUUCAACUUAUCCAUAUUACAAAAGGUCAUCAUUGAAACCAUCAGAACGGCAUUCUUACAGUCAUCCCACCUUCAAUAGCACUAUUCGAAAUACGGUUAAGUUUAAUAACCCGUCAGCAUCACUACCAACUGACAAUGGCUUGAAAAAUCUUCAUUCUCAAAACAAAAAGCGACUUCCUAUCACAAAUACUGUUAGAAAAAGAUUCAAGAAACAAGAAGAGGAUAUUGAAUUACCGUAUUAUACCAACCAAUAUCAUCAUGAUCAGUCAAAACGACUACCAUCAACAGCAAGCAAGCAUACCCUACUGCCAGACAACCAAAUGCGCGAUGAGAAGAUCAGGAAACAUCUGCCUUUACCAUCAGUCGUAGAUAUAAAGCCUUCAAUUAUAGAGAAUACAUCCAAUCGUUCGUCAAUCCCGUUAUCUUCCGGUAACAAGACAUUGAUCAAUGAUGAUAUGAAGAAGUACACAGCAUUCAGGAACAAAACGACUAGUGACAUACCAAGAAAGAAGAAGCAGCAAGAUAAUGGUGUGAUAAAAUUAAUUGACGCCAUCACAUGGAAUUCCUUAGACAAUACAGCAGAAGAAGAUGAAGCAAAAGAAAUGGCUUUUUAUGAAGAUGACAGUUCUGACAACAAAUUCAAGGAUAUCAUGACAAAUGGAUUUGAUGGAUUCUCCGACAAUGAUGAUGAUGGUGAAGGAUAGAGAGUAUAUAUAUAUAUAUAUAUAGUUUAGUUUAGUUUAGUUAGCAAUCAACUGAUAUCAAUUGAUAAAAAAUAAAAAAAAA